AUGGCAUUAUAUACACCUCCUGACAAAUCCUCUCCCCCCAAAGCUCAUGAAAACGAAGAGGACAAAGGUGGUAGUAAUAGAGAACAAGAUGAUAUAAAGAAAUUCUACGUUCGACCCAGUUUAGGUCUUCGUCUGUGGGGACCCCUAGUACCUGCAUCAGAUAAUAAAAUGGGUCUUUGGUCUCUUAUAGGGAUUCAAACCGCCGUUGGUACUUUCUGUCUCCAUAGAAUUAGAGUCUUGAGAGCUUCCAUGAAAUUUGUCUCCAAGGAUAUUGCAAAUAUCCCUAGUUUAAACAGGUUUUCCAAGACUCAUGGUGCUAUGGUUUUGAAUCCAGUAAAUAAUCCAUUAAAAAAACCAUUGAAUUCAAAUUCAAGAUUUAGACAACUUUUCAGCUCUCCCAGGUGGUCAACUUUUAAAAAUGUAGUAUACCUACUUACAGGUACUCUACUACUAUCACAAUCGUUAUUAGAGGCCAGUAGACUGACAAUUUUGAAAUAUGAUCCGUGGUAUGAGGAGGCAAAAAGUGUACGUGACAAGAAAUUCUUUAACGAUAUUAUUCAAUUCUACCAUGAAGGAAUUGAUCCCACCAAAGUGAAAGUGAAAGACGCCACCAACGGUAAUGUAAUGUCAACGAAUAUCCCAGAAGUUAAGCAAAGCGUAGCGUUGGUGAGAGCCCAAGCUGAAGCAGAAAACCCUAUUAUUAAAUGGUUUGGUCCAAUAGAGUAUAAGCCAAUGUCAUUUACAGAAUACUUGGACAGAAUGGAAUAUCAUCUUGACAUCGAUGCCCUUUUACACGACAAGAGAACCCUCAAGGAGAACCAACAACACUUGAAUACUCAAAUUACACAUACUGAAGGUGAAUUAGAUUCCAUUGUACGUCAUAACCAAGAAGUUAAAGAAAGAACUAAAGAUUUAGUGAAAAACGCACCCGAAGGAUCGAUGGCACUCUCAUCCGUAGCUUCACAGGGUUUCCCAUUAAGGAGUGUAAUUCUUGAAGUGGACCCACAGGAUCCAGAUUCUAUGGACUUAAAUGAGGUAUGGUCUCUUUACGAUCCAUGGAUGAACUUAGCGCUCGACACUUCGCUAAGUAUAAAAUUCCUCCCCACGGUAAUGUCACCUGAAAGCCAAUCAAAUCAAAACCAAAACGAUUCUCAGGACGACCAUGAGACCAAGACAGAGUGA